CAUUCUUGGUCCUCAUCUUGAGUUGGAUCUUGCAGAUCUUUUUGGAGCGGAACGAAUCUCAGAUACUCGAUGAACGCUCUCGAGCUAAGUGCACCCGCCAGUCCCGUCCUGCUAGAAUGUAACGCUCCAACCGUUCCACCCGGCUGGCUGCAGCUGUCCGGCCAUCCAAAAAGCAUCGCCCCUCUAGCCAAUGGGAUCGUACGGAAGCGCAUCUCCGGCCCGAACGACACCGAACUGCUCGCCUACCGCCAGCUGAUGGUAGACCCGCACGCCAUCAAGGUAGUGCCAAAGUUCCUGGGCGUACAUCAAGUCGCGGGCGAGCAUUUCAUCGAUCUGCACAACAUGCUGCACGGCUUCACCGAACCGAACGUGAUGGACAUCAAGAUGGGCUUCCGAACGUUCACCGAGAGCGAGGUGAGCAACACCGCGCUGCGGGAAGAUCUCUACCAAAAGAUGAUCGCCGUCGACCCGUCCGCACCGAGCGCUGACGAGCACGCCCGGCAAGCGAUCACCAAGCUGCGCUACAUGCAGUUCCGCGAGAACAUGUCCUCCACGCAGGAGAAAGGGUUCCGCAUCGAGGCGCUCCGGAUGCGCGGCUGCUCGCCCGUCACGGAUCUGAAGACGAUUAAAACCGACCACCAGAUACGCACCACCAUCGGGCACUUUGUCAAUGGGCGGCGCAGCAUCGCGAAGGACAUCCUGAAGCGGUUGCGGCAGAUGCGCACGCUGAUCGAAAAGUCGGAGUUCUUCCAGCGCCACCAGGUGCUCGGCAGCAGCGUGUUCAUCGUGUACGACGACCAGCAGGUGGGCGUGUGGCUGAUCGACUUUGCCAAAGCGCUGCCGCUGCCACCCGGCACCAAGGUGACGCACCGGCGCCGCUGGCAGAUGGGCAACUGUGAGGAGGGCCUGCUGCACGGGUUCGACGAGCUGAUCCGCACGAUGGAGGCGGUACAGCAGCAGACGCAGCACUUCUCGGUCCGGCAUCAGUCGCGUGCGACGGACGUUUAAGCCGCCGGGGGGGACGCGCAUAGGGAGCUGAACGAAUUUGUUUUAGUCGAAUCUUAAAAGGGCGUCUUUCUGUUAGGGCUGGUCCCUUCUUGCCGCGUGUCAAGGCGUGAAGCUAGUCAUCAAUAUAUGUUGUGUUAAAGCAGGAAAGUAGGGGAGUUUUUUUUCUGUAGAUUGCACCCCAUUGUCCCCGAGAGUCGUAAUGUGUGGGGGAAACGGACAGGGAUAGAUGAGGAUAUGUAAGAAAGGAAAGGGGGAUCUACGGGAUGAUCAUUAAAAGACUGAACCCUCGCCGCAAAGAACAGCGAUACAGUGUGAGCGGAACCAACCGAACCAAACGAUCGCGAUUGGGAAAAUAAGAUGUCCCCAGCCGAUCCGUACCGGGCAAACAUGGAACACGCUCAUCCCGUGCAUGCGUUUAGUGGCACCGUUUUGCGGUUUUUGGUUUGCGCAAAGGUAUCAUGUUCUUUGAAGAAUGUAACAUUGUUCCAUAUUGGAAAAAUAA